CAAAUGUGCAACCAUGCACAAGUUUUUAGAGGUGUAUAAUAAAUUCCUCCCUAUAAAUGAACCUGUAGUUGCUCCCCAAAUCUUCACAAGAAAGAAAAGAGACAUUAAUACACAUCAAAAUAAAGAGACAGCUGAGCCUGAGACGAUGGAGUUCAACAAGAAGGGACUGAUGAAUGUGGUUUUGCUGCUUUCCCUCUUGGCUUUCACUGCAACUGUUGUUGUUGAUGCACGCUUCGACCAAAAUUCCUUCAUCACUCAAGUGCUCCCAAAAGGUACUGACGAUACCAAUUACUAUGUCAAAUCCACUGCUACUGCAUGCUGUGACAACUGCUACUGCACAAAAUCAAUCCCUCCCCAGUGUCACUGUUCAGAUAUUGGGGAAACCUGUCACUCUGCUUGCAAAACUUGCAUUUGUACCAGAUCAUUUCCUCCACAGUGUCGUUGUACUGAUGUCACUAACUUUUGCUAUAAACCAUGUACCUAAGCUCACUAGGAAUGAGCAUGAAGACUGUGAUGUUGAACAAAGUUACUUAAGCUUUGUUUCCAUGUAAUAUAAUGAAUAAAUUGAUGAUGGAAUAAAAACUAUGACUCUGCAGUUAGUUUGUCUUCCUCAAACUCACUGCAAGUCAGGGUGUUUCUUUUA